UUUUUAUAUUUGAUUAUGGUUCGCAAUAACAAAUCUCAAAAAACACGAAAGCAGUUUACUAAUGAGUCUGACCUUAAUAGUAAUAUAGCAGAAAGUAGUUCGGCUGCUACACAAAUGCAAAAUGCUGAUAAACCGCUCCGGACUUGCAAACGGUCCCCGUUACCUAGUAUAAAUAAAGUGUUUGAAUCAGUACCUAUAUUAGAUAAGAAGUUUUAA